UUUAGUUUUAGAUCUCCCAUUGGCAUGAGCACACAUUUUAGUGUCAGAAAUUUUACAAAAUUCCCAGAAAAAUUCCCCUAGUUUUUAAUCUCCGCUACCGAAUAAGACUCAAAGGCCUGAAAUGUGCUCAAGGACGCGUUGGGGACGUAUCGAUCCCAGUGUUCAGGUUGACCUGGUGGCAGGACCGUCGAGUAGGGUUAUCAAGCUUGACAGCCAAACCUUACCAAUGCGCGUUGAGCAGCAGCUCCUUCUGAUGGCUUCGCCGUCGCCAUUCCUCAAUUUCAUCAACAAGUUUCGGUUGGACGAGAUCCUGAUCAACCAUCAAUAUAAAGGGGUCUAUAGCAUGCGCACGGCGGCCAACAUAACCGAUUUGGCUACCUAUACGUGGAACGUGAUGUCCGUGUCCGAUCGCAAGCCGUACAUCUUGUUGGCUCGGAAAGCGCAGCAGAUCCAGCAAGCACGAAAGUUGCACUUUCUGCGCACCAGCAAACGGUCGGUGAUCAAGAGGGGUUCCCAGUGUCCCAGUGUUGUUUGAAGCAGUGUAGGACCUUGUUUGGUGGCAAAUAAAAAAUAUUUUAAAUAAA